UUGUCUAGAUUGUUAUUGAAACAGAUUAAGAAACAGAAAGCACCAUAGAAGAUAAGAUGGUGAUUCGUAGGUUAUUCGUCGUUUGAAAAUCAACGUUAAAAAGCCUUUUGUAUUUUUGGGAGGUGAUGACAAAAGAUAAUACAUUUUCUCCUCACAACUUAGGGGGGAAUGGCAUUCUCCAAAGUUGAAAGUAAUAUUAAACUUAUCACUGGAGAUCUUGUCCAGACAAACUCUGGUAUUGAGCUGACACUCAGCUGCUUCCUUGAUCCCAAGAUCAACGCUAACUUCGUAACAAUCAAAUGGUUUAAGGAGAGUGAAUGCAUUUACCUGUGCAGGGGUGGCUUAGUGACAGAGGCAGUGGGCUAUGAGCACAAAGUGAGUGUGCUCCCAGAGGAGCUGGAGAGAGGUGACGUGUCUCUAAGGUUGAGAAACGUUGAAAAAUCAGAUGGAGGAGUCUACAUCUGUCAAGUCAUCAGUCAGGGGCAGAUGCUGGAGGCUGCAGUGGGGUUAAGGGUCAGCAAUGCCAAAGAUUACUUACAAAAUGAGACUUUGACAAACAGGAGGAUAAGGAUGGAAUCUGCAAACAGGCUGGAGAACAAGAAAGCACAUAAAUUGAUAAUCAAAGAACCUAGACAACGAGUCAAGCUGCAUGAGGAAAAAGACAAUUUAAAGCAGGAUUUCACUCGAAAGAGAACAGUGACAGAACCUAUUCAACCUUUGAUGAACAGAACCAUGGAAGAUAUAAACUUAGCUCCACCACAGAGGAGGAUAACCAUCUCUUCUUCCUGCAUGGAGGCGGAAAGCAGCUGUCAAGUCCUGUCACUGUCCCCAGUGCCUUCCAGUGUGUCUGAGCUGAGAGUGGUGCUGCUGGGGAGGACAGGAGCUGGGAAGAAGGCAGCAGGAAACACCAUCCUGGGCAGAGACGAGUGUGGAGCCCAGGACAGCCCCGCUGAAGUCACCCAGAGUGGGAGGAGAGAGGGGGACGUGUGUGGGAGACGGCUGGUGCUGGUGGACACUCCAGACUGGUUCUGCCCUGACGUCUCUUUGGAGGAGAGGAGGAAGGAUGUGGGGCGGUGUAUCCACCUGUCAGCACCAGGACCUCACGCCUUCCUCCUGGUCGUACCUGUGGAGCCCGCUGAGGGGGAGGAGAGGCGGGCUGUGGAGGUGAUGGAUGAGAUGUUUGGGGAGGAAUGCUGGGGACACACUAUCAUUCUAUUCACCCACGCUGGAAGUCUGGGAGAACAAAAGAUGGACGCCAGGAGUCAGAACAUGCAAAUGCUUAUAGAGAAAUGUAUGAACAGCUACUGCGUACUCAACAUCGAGGACAAGACCCGUGGCGCUCAAGUCUCAAAGCUGCUGAACCAGAUAGAGGAGAUCAUGGCUGGAAACAGAGCGAGCUUUUACAGCAGUCAAACGUACCAAGAGGCCCAGGCCAAAUGGAUGGCAAUGGAAAACGUACGCAGGGAGAGAGAGGAGAGAAUGCAGAGGAGAGCGAAAGAAAAGAAAGACAUACAUGAGAUGUGCGUGAUGCUCUGAAAGAAAUAGAGGAGGCUGGGACCCUCUCGCAUGAGAGAGACGUCAGAACGCUCCUUGGACAAACUGAGCUGAAGCAACAGAUGAUUGGAGUGGAACAGAGGACUGGAGGAGAUGGUUGAAGAGAUAGCAAGGUAGAAACUGAAAGUUUUGGAUCAAAGGUUCGAUCAAAUGUAAAAAUAUCUAUGUAAAUAUGUUUUUGAAUAUGCAUCAACAUACAUGUAAUUAUUGUAAUGCUACAUUUGCCAACGUGAAUAGACUAUGAGUUAUAGAGUAUGGUUGUUGUACAAGAUACACAUUUCGAAAUUUUCCUGUGAUUACAAGUACUUACAAUAUUGUUCAGGUAUCUAGGCUCAAAAUUAGCAUUUUAAUGCCAAAUAGUUUUCACAGACUGGGCCUCAGGACGAUGGCGUUGCAGGCUCGUGUUCUCUCCUACCACAGGGGGGAGCUCACGCUGCUGGUCCCCUCUAUAAAAAGGCCCAAAGAAAUUCAGCCUUGAGAAAAAAUGUCAGGAAUGUUUGGAAAGCUUAUGUCAAUUUCACGAGCUGGGGAGAAGAAAGCGUGCUGACAAUGAACGGUAACCCGGGUGAGAAUAAUGUCAUUACAUGUUAUCCAGGGACACACACACACACACACACAUGUGAAUACUACUCCUCUAAGCUGAGAACCGUGACCUAAAUGACCCAGGAUCUCCGAGAAUGUGGGCUCGUAUUGAUGACAUAGGCGGUGCGGGUGUGAGCCAGUCCCUACUCCCUUUAAAUCCUUUUACCAGUGAAAGACCCCUGGAACUGCAUUUGUUCCCUGGCCUUGACACCAACAACUAUGGUCUCUGUCUGAUGACUGAUGUUCAUGGCACGCCAACACUUUACAGCUGACAUAUAAAUAAAGAUCCCGUCCCUUUGAAUAAUGCAGCGGUCCAACUGUUUAGUGUGACUCUAGAGUUCCUCUUUACGUGGGAGCAACACUGGAGAGUGCAGUGACAGCUGUGUCAGGGCACACUGAGUUUACUGACAGAGAGAAGGAGAGAGAGAAAGAGGGAUAGAGAAGGAGAGAGAGAGGGGGAGAAAGAGAGGGAUGGAGAGCGAUGGAAAAAGAGAGAGGGGCUGGAAAGAGAGAGAGAGGAUGCAACGGUCAUGUCAGGCAUAUCCACCCCAAUCCCCUUUAUAGGGACCAUGUCAGGAGGCAGGGGGGUUAGAGGAUGGGUGGGAAGGAUUUUGUCAGUAAUGUAUGACACUCCCAGAACC